CGCAGAGAAGGAAACUGAAAGAAUUCUGAGGACAGCAAGGAGGACAAAGAGGAAGUUCGGUAACCCCAUAAUUAUUAACUGAAAUCGAGUGCCAAUAUCUGAAAUGUCAAUGGAAAGCAGCCAUGUGGAAGAAAAGCUUUGCUCGAAAAGACAAGAGAGAGAUCAUCAUCAUUUAGGCAGGAUAUCUGGUUUUCUCAGGAGGUGGAAGAAGAGGUCAGCACAAGAAGAUGAACACAGCAUAUCUGAAGACGAUUCUCGUUUGAUGAUAAGACACAAAGCCAAGAUUUUGCAUUUGUUUCUCUCUGAGAUCAUGAGGAAGCUGAAACAUGCAAUCAGAAAAGAGAAAUCGCGGCACCACCACCACCACAGAUUCCUGGAGAAGAGUUUGUCAACCAAAGACCAUUUCUUUCUCGAGCGCAUGACUUCGAUAUCUCGGCAGAGAUUUCAUCAUCAAGAACACUACGACGACAACGAGAAACAUCUCUCUGAGAUGUUAGGAAAUCAAAGUAGGCUCGUAUUAUCCCUUCCCGGGUAUUCGUCUCCUUUCAGCAGCUCAGGAAGAGUAGGGGACAAGAAUUCAACCGUGCUUUCGAGAUCUUCUUCUUCAGACAAUUUCAUGAACUCUGAGACAGUUGCAGAUGAUUCCUUAACUAUCAAAGAGAUAGACUCUGCUUCACCAAUAGAUGGUACUAGUAGCCCUUUCAUAUCCAAAAGCAAUCAGACACUGUCUCAUCUCUCUGUGGCCUCAUUACCAUCCCAGCCGCUAUUCAUUGAAUAUGAAAUAAAUCCAGUAAGAGGUGAAGCAAAGAUACAACAACCUCUGCGUCGUAACCUAUUGCAAGAAGAGAACCGUGGUAUGGAUGACAAAGAAGCAGUGUUUAAGUACGUAAAAGAGGUGUUGGAUGCAAUAGACUCAAGUUGGGAAGAUCUGUAUCUGAUAACAGAAUGCUCUGACCAGCUUCUUUGUCCGGCAUUAAUCAGCAACAUACCAUUCUAUCCAAACAAGCUUUGUGUAGACCAUGACCUCCUCUUCGAGAGCAUCAACGAAGUUCUCUUCGAAUUCUGCAGGUUUCCUCAAUGGGUUUCCUUUGUUGAACCCAGAACCCUAGCCUUGCCCGCCUCUAGCGUGGAAAGCAUCGUUAGCGAGGUACAAGAAAAGGUUUAUUGUCGUCUCUUGCCAAUGCAACUCCCUCGGUUGUUGGACGAUAGAGUUAGAGAAGACAUGGAUAAACCCAGGAGCUGGUUAGACACCAGAUGUGAGGUUGACAUGAUUGGCUUUGAGAUUAGCAAGUUGAUACUAAAUGAACUAGUGGAGGAAGUCAUGGUUGACUACUUGACUUGAAGAGAAGAUGAUCACAGCAUAAAAAGAUAAGUUGGUUUUACCUAAUUUAGUAAUUUACAAUGGAGCUGCUAGAGGGAGAC